AUGGCUAGCACUGCUAAGGGUAAAGUCUGUGUCACUGGGGCGUCUGGUUUCAUUGCCUCCUGGCUCGUCAAACGGCUUCUUGAGUCUGGGUACCAUGUCCUCGGGACAGUCAGAGAUCCAGGAAAUGACAAGAAAGUAGGACACCUCUGGGAUUUGGAAGACGCAAAGGAAAGGCUGCAGCUUGUGAGAGCUGACCUCUUGGAGGAAGGGAGCUUUGAUGACGCUGUGAUGGCUUGUGAGGGCGUCUUCCACGCUGCAUCGCCUGUCAUCACUAAAUCUGACUCCAAGGAGGAAAUGCUUGAUUCAGCAAUAAACGGCACUCUGAACGUGCUACGUUCAUGCAAGAAGAAUCCAUCCCUUAGGAGGGUUGUCCUGACGUCUUCGUCGGCGACCGUGAGGAUCAAGGACGAAGCCGACCUGCCCCCUAACGUGUUGCUGGAUGAAACGUCGUGGAGCUCCAUUGAGUACUGCGAAAGUCUCCAGAUAUGGUAUGCCGUUGCGAAGAUCCUCGCCGAGAAGGCGGCCUGGGAGUUUGCCAAAGAGCACAGGAUCGACCUUGUGACUGUUCUUCCGACAUUCGUUAUCGGACCUAAUCUGUCUCCUGAGCUCAGCCCCACUGCUUCUGAUGUCCUAGGCUUAUUCCAAGGUCGAUUUGUGGCAUGCAAGGUUUAUGAAAGGGUGAGCAAUGAGAAGCACGCUGCUGCUGUGUUUGCAGGAGAGACGGCGAAGUUCACGGUGUACGGGAGGAUGGGGUACGUCCACAUCGACGACGUGGCGAGGUGCCACAUCCUGGCGUACGAGUCCGCGGGCGCCCACGGGAGGUACAUCUGCAACGCGGCGGUGCUGGGCUGCGGCGACCUCGUCGCCCUGCUCGCGCGGCGGUUCCCGGCGUACCCGAUCCCGAGGAGCCUGCCCAGCGUCUACGGCGAGCAGACAUACGGCUUCGACACGUCCAAGGCCCGCGCGCUGGGGCUGGCGGACCUCAAGGGCGUCGAGGAGAUGUUCGACGACGCCGUCGACUCGCUCAGAGGCCAUGGCCAUCUCCCCGCCGCCGAGGACGCCGGCACGCGUAGCCUCUUGAUCUGA